AUUGAGCUAAUCAAUUGAGUCAAUCUUUUGUCGGUGUAUGCAAAGUUUUUGAUACUUUCGAAAGCAUCCUCACAGAAUUAGCAUAAUUUAAUGUUUUUUUUAGUUAGUCUUUUCUUGCUGCUUGAAAGUGCUUUUCAUUUAAUACAAUAUUUUCUUGACUAAAGUGACAUGCGUGUUUUUUAACAGUGAUUUUGUGAGUUUCCAGGUAUCUUCUGUGACUGAGACUCCUCUUUUAAAGUCAAUGAAAGCAAUUCUCUUUUCUGAGUAUUAUUUAUAAGAGACAGCUGUAGAAGGUUUUGGUUGCAGGGGUUAAGAAUUUGAUGCUUAAAUUGUUUGUGCUUUUGCAUUCUUUUGGUCUUUGAAAGAAGUCAUUGUGCAAGUUUCUUUGUUUCCUUUUCACGAUGCUGCCUAGUAAGAGGCCUGCUCCUGAUGGUGGUGAUGAUGAUCAGAGAUUGGGAGUUACGGUUCCUGAGUCAAAAAGAAGAGCUACCCUGAAGAAUGCCGUUAGAAACAUUAUGGGAUUGGGAGCGCUUUCCCUGAACCGAAUUGUGCUCAACCUGGAACCAAUGCUUCGAUCAUGGGUUCGGGAGGAAGUGGAAAGAGCAACGCUAUCCUCCUUUCGUCCCUCUUCAAGGUCCUCGCUUAAUCAGAUUGAGGCAUCUAGGGGAAGAAGCUUGCAGUUGCAUUUUGUCAAUAAACUGCCCUCUACCAUAUUUACAGGCAGCAAGGUUGAAGCUGAGGAUGGCAAUCCCGUUAGGAUUAUCCUAGUUGACACAACUAGCCAGCCAAUGGCGUCAUCUGGUUCACUGUCUUCUAUUAAAAUUGAGAUUGUAGUCCUUGAUGGUGAUUUUGGAGCAGAUGAGCGAGAAGAUUGGACAGAAAAUGAAUUCAAUGCCGGUGUUCUUCGUGAAAGAGAAGGUAAAAGGCCGUUGGUGACCGGGGAUCUCAAUGUUACGUUGGUAGAUGGUGUGGGUACUGUUGAUAAUGUGAUUUUCACUGACAAUUCUAGCUGGAUAAGAAGUCGAAAGUUUAGAUUAGGAGCUAGAAUUGUACAAAGAAUUUCUGGUGAAGUGACAAUCAGGGAGGCUAGAAGUGAAGCAUUCGUGGUGAAGGAUCAUCGAGGAGAGUUGUACAAGAAACAUUACCCUCCAUUCCUCCGUGAUGAAGUAUGGCGUCUGGAAAGGAUAGCAAAAGAUGGUGCCUUCCAUACACGGUUGGCUUCUAAAAAUAUUCUUACCGUAAAGGACUUCCUGCGGUUGCAUGUUACCAAGCCAUCUGCACUGCGCAAUAUACUUGGUGGUGGGAUCUCAAACAAGGUAUGGGAUACAAUCAUAGAACAUGCUCUGUCUUGUGUUCUAGAUGAUGAUGAGUGGUAUGCCUACUAUGGAGCUGCCCAAAGGGUUGUACUCCUAUUAAAUUCCAUUUACCAGGUUGUAGCAGCAACAUUUGAUGGCCAAAAUUACCUGCCUGCGGAAAAAUUGACCUUUUCUCAGAAGCUUCUGGUGGAAGAUGCAACACGACAAGCAUACAAGAAUGUUGGAGACCUGGUCUUGACUGAUCGGCAAGCAAUUAUGGGCCCCUCAAUACCCUAUACAAAUCUGCUGCCCGAGCCACUAGGCAUCCCAAAUUUGCUUCUGCAGCAACCUGAUUUCUCAGUUUCAAACCAAGAUCAACCAGACAAACCGCUGGGUUUCAACCAAUCUUCAACAUCUUAUGCCUACGAAGUGGAAGAUACCAAUCAAUUACAGGUUUCUCUACCACAGGAUGGACAUGCAAUUAAAGAAUUUAAUCCAAUGCUAAGAAACAGUUUCAGAAAGGGAGGAAUCUUCCCUUACAAUGGAGAGAACAGUUUGUCACUUUUUCCAGAUGGUCAUUUUGCUAUGGAGGAUAAUUCUCAGGCUCAAAUGCCACAUUGGACUCCAGCUACUCCAGAAUGGGGACAAGGCAGUGGAUUUAGUUUGACUCCAGACUGUGAAUCAUCUGUAGGCAUCCUUGCUUCUUCCUCAAACUUUGAUGUACAUAGCCGAAGCAUGGGAGAGGCGAGAGAUGUGUGGCCCAAAGCUGGAUGGCUGAAGCUUCGAGCCGUUAUCCAGUGGCGGUCAAUCAGGCGCGGAGCUGCUAGAAGGCGGCUCUGGCUGCCAGAAGGCAUAUGUAUAUAAAUGACAAGAUUACAACAAUUAAGCAUCUCUGAAUUUGGGAGGCAAGCUUCAUGUUAUGUUAGUUUUGAAGUUUUUCUGUUUUCAUCUGUCAAUAUUAUGUAGGUUGAUUGGCAAAUAGCAUCCACUCUAGUUUCAUGCAAUCAGGAGGCAAUAAUCUCCUAGAUCUUAUGUAAUGUGUAAGCAUGUUAGAUUAGGAGGCAAGUAUUCUCCCAGGUUUAUUAAUUAGCUGAAGCUUUCAUCCUUCUAAGUUGUAACAAGUGCAACAAAAAGGGUCUCUGUAAAUAGUGUUUGUAAGUUAAAAUCAUUGAUGUAACAAUCAAAAUAUGAGAUUUUCAGUUGAAUCUGUUUGUUUAAUAUUAUGGUAACCAUGGAAUUGUCUUACCGACAUUCUUAUCAAUUUUCUGACUCAUACUGCAACAUCCAUGCCAGUUUCUGUGGGAAUAACAUGGAUUCUGAUUACCAGCAGGUUUGAAACAUCAAAAAAUUUCCAAGAAAGUAAACCCCCAUCUAAGGUAACAAAUAAGCUUCUUGCAUGAUUCUAU